AUGUCUUCUCUCAGGGAUAAGUAUGAACAGUCAAAAAGAAGAGCUUACAUUCCUCGAGAAACACUGGCUGAGAAGUUUUCACCGAGAGAAAAGAAAUUGCUGCACUCCUAUGAAAGUCAUAAUGCUUCGACUUAUGCGGACGAUCUUAGAUUCAAUGCCGCUACACGAAAUAAACAGGAUUUCAGCUACAAAUUACCUAUGAAAGACGACUCCUAUGAUAGAGAUUAUUCUUCCAUCAACUUCAUACCUAAGUAUGAUAAUAAUCUUGGCGGAACCGCUGAGGGAGAUGAUUUCUCACCCAUUCGUACCAUUCCAUUCGCGCUUAGUUCCAAGUAUUCUCCUUCUAGCCUUUAUAAAACCAAGCCAAAAAAAUCUGGCGAUGGUAUUCUUAAGAGCGGGGCACCGAAUGGUGGUGGAUACCGUGUAUCCAAGCUCAAUUCGCAGAAGGGAGGAAUCUUGAAGAGACUUGGCCUGUAUUUCUUCAAUCGAAUCAUCAAAGAGGAAAACAAGCUGGAAAGUAGUAGUAAUCGAAAACGAGUUUUAUUUGCUUCUGAAGCUUUACCGCUUACAAAAAAUCAAGAAAAUUUGACUCCAGUUGAUACCUCGGUCUAUGAAGAUGCUCUAAACGAGGAAAGGGAACGCAAUAAACGAUUAACUCUGUCGUACGAACAGGAAGUGCGUAGGCUUGAAGAUGAGCUAGACUUCAAGGACCAAGAGUACAAUUCCAUAAAAGAAAUGUUGGAGCUAAGAGACAAGAAGGAACAGGAAAAUCUUGAAAAAUUGGAAGAGUCUUUUAAUAAGAGCUUGAGAGAAAAUGAGGUGAGACAUUUAGAGGACAGACUGAGAUUGUUGGAAUUGAAGGAGCUGUUGAGUGCAGAACGAACUUUAAUCCAGAAAGAGUCAGUAAAGAUACAAGAUGAGAGAGAAAAACUUAUGAAGGAAAAGAGAGAUGUCGAAAGCAAAUUGAGGAAGUACGAAUUAGAUCUGAAGCGAUUUGUUGAUCAACACGUCAACACUCCUGAUCGCCGAACGGUGAACGAGCAUGCAUCUACCAAAGAUAUUCUACUUAAAGAGAAAGUUGAAAUACAAAAGGAGAUUGACAAUAAUAAAGACCAGCACGUAAGGUUUUUUGAAACGUUGUUGAAAAUUUCGGAUUCACUUCCUCGGUAUAACGAAACGUUCUUUCUGAGCUUGGAUUCAAUUGUAAGUGACCAAAGGGCAAUUCCAAAGCCAACUAAGAGACUUGAAAAAUUAAAGGUAUUGGAGGAUAAAGUUAAUGAAUAUUCAAGCACAUUUAAUCAAAUAACUACGUCUACAAAAACGUUGCAGCUUUCCUCACUCUUUGAAAAGUUAGAGAAAAACUUGUCAAUAUCACUAGAGAAGCGUAAGCGAAAUGUCAAGCAACUUGAUCAUGAAAUUUUUAAAGCCAAUUUGAUUUUGGCAGAUGCAGAUACCAUAUCGCAGAUUUUAAGUCUGACUUUGAAGUCUGCAAAUUACUUAAGGUACCUGAGAUUAUUCGAACACAAGGGCACUCUCUUGGAAGAGAUGAAAUUACUAAUUGAACUAUUACUAAGACUUAAUACCUUAACAGUAAAAUUGUAUGAAAAGGGUGAACUGUUAACCAUUAAUGAUAAUAACUUCAGGAAUUUAAUUACGUCAACACCGCGCAACAAACAUGAGCACUCAGGCGAAAGAUUAUCUCCAAUAGACUAUUCUACAUUCUUCCGUGAGCUUGACCGACUGAUACAGCAAUUUUAA